UCGUGCUUGUCUUCUAGGCCUUUGAAGCUACUGUACGCUCCCAGCAAUGGCGGAUUUUGGUACGUCUAUCUCCCUCUACAAACUUCAACAAACCUCCGAUGACUCCUCGUCUGAACACAGUCCACCGACUCUUCCCACCCUCUCCACUGGCUGCGCCAGCGGCAGUGGUUCGUCGUUUUCCCGGCCAGGCGACCUCACCCUCACCGUCCCUGACCACCCACUGCCACCGCAAAUUCAGCCGGCCACAACCGACGCUGCUCGCAAACCGAGAGGAAGGCCACCCGGGUCGAAAAAUAAACCCAAGCUACCCGUCAUCAUAACCCGUGACGGUGACGUGGCUCUCAGCCCCAUCGUGCUCGAGAUCUCUGUCGGUUCCGACAUCAUCGAGACCAUCACAUCCUUCGCUCGCAGACAUCAAAUCGCGGGCUUUAGCGUACUGAGCGCGUCCGGGUCCGUCUCCAACAUCACGAUUCGCCACCCAGUGUCUCACGCGCCAACAAUUUCUCUCCGUGGACCAUUCAGCAUCCUCUCGCUCACUGGAUCAGUUCUCGGUUCUGUUGUCACUUCGUCGGAGUCCGGAAGUACUGCGAUGAUGCCAAUGGCUUCUUCUUCCCAGCCUUCCGAGUCGUCGUUUGGGUUAACAAUCGCUGGUGCUCAAGGUCAGGUAUUCGGCGGAAUAGUGGUCGGCAACCUCACUGCUGCUAGUAAGGUAACGGUUGUUGCCGCCACCUUCCAAUCCUGUCCUUACCAGAAGCUGCAAUUGGAGACAGCAACUUCCGGGCGGGGUGAUUAUAUUGAAGCCAAUCAUUAUUAUCAUCAAGACGCUAACCCUAGUAGCGGUGUUCAUCAUGGCGGCGGCGGUCUUGCUGGGGUUGGCGGUGAGUCGAGCUCGCAUACUGGAUCGGCUUAUGGUGCGGCGGCGAGCCCUAGCACGUUAAACUGCCAGCUGCCGGCUCUGGAUGUUAUGUCUUGGUGCCCAACAUCCCGUUCUCCUUACUAAGAUCGAUAAGGAAAGAAUAUUACGUGUGCAGAUUAUCCAUACCUAAUCACCUUCACUUUUU